AUGGCCCCACUGCCGUCGUCUCGAGUCUCCCCUUCUCGUGCCUUUGCCUGCACUGGAGUAGACUACGCUGGCCCUUUCCAUGUACUCUCCACCAGAGGACGAGGAGUCUGGACCACGAAAGGCUACAUCGCCGUUUUUGUGUGUUUCACCAACAAGGCCCUGCACCUAGAGCUGGUCGGCGAUCUCUCGGCUGCGUCCUUCUUGGGCGCCCUCCACCGAUUUGCUGGACGCCGCGGUCGGCCCGGUGAGAUAUGGAGCGACAACGCGACUUGCUUCCGCCGCGCUGAUGUUGAGCUGCGCGAUGCCUUGCUGACAGCCGAGCUGGACUGGGGAUUGGUCGCGGGCUCUCUCGCCAAUCAAGGAAUUGCUUGGAAGUUCAUUCCACCGGGUGCUCCUUACUUCGGUGGCUUGUGGGAGGCCGCCGUCAAGUCAACCAAAAGUCACCUCCAGCGCGUCAUUGGGUCACGCCAUCUCACCUACGAGGAAUUUUCCACGGUGCUCGUUGGCAUCGAGAUGGUCUUAAAUAGCCGACCACUGACACCGCAAUCUGGAGACACUGGAGACCUUGAUAUUCUCACCCCAGGGCACUUCCUUGUCGGUGGCCCUCUCAACUCCAUCGUUCUGCCCGGCCCCCCUGCGGAGAGCUUGGAUGCGCUCGCCCACUGGGAGCUCGUUCGGGGGGUCCGCGCCCAGUUUUGGUCCCGCUGGAGCCGAGAAUACCUCAACACACUCCAACAGCGGUCAAAAUGGACUACUCCUCGCCGGAACUUCAUCGUCGGCGAUGUGGUCGUCCUCCUCGACGCUACACUUUUGCAGUCCAGCAGCCGAUGGCCGAUCGGCCGUGUCAUCAGCGUCCACCCGGGAGCUGACGGCUUUGUCCGCGCUGCUACCCUCAAGACGGCGGCUGGCGUGUACAAGCGAUCCAUCACCAAGAUGGUCUUGCUGCCUGUGUCAGCGCCUCCUGCGGCUCUGCCGCCUCCUGAAGACUCCCUGACCGACCCCGGUUUGGCGGGCAGCACGUAG